AUGCCUGCGAAGAUGCAACUACGACUGGGCGGCGCCAUGGCUCAUCUGCUACGAUCUGGCAAGGGAACAACAAGGGGACAAUUGGGCGAGAGUCGGCGCUCGUUGUGCACGUCUCGGCGUCUGGCCAAGGACAAUGACCAGAGAUCACCAGGACCUCCGCACGAGCAGGGCGGGGAAGGGGUUCAGCUGACGCACGUCUCCGCGGCGGGCUCGGCUCGGAUGGUGUCCAUCUCUGAGAAGCAGGUGACGUCGCGCGUGGCCACGGCGGCAUGCAGCGUGCGCUUCUCGAACGGCAAGGCGCUGAGGCUCAUCCGGGAGAACCAGAUGAAGAAGGGCGACGUGCUAGGGGUCGCCCGGGUGGCGGGCAUCAUGGCGGCCAAGCGGACGCCGGACCUGAUACCGCUGUGCCACCCAAUCGCCGUGUCGCACGUCACGGUCGACCUGGAGGCGACCGGGGAGGACGGCGACGGCGACGGGGCCGGCGAGGCGAGGGCGGGGACACCGGGCAUCGAGAUCCGGGCGACGGUGACGUGCGACGGCAAGACAGGGGUCGAGAUGGAGGCCAUGACGGCGGCGUCGACGGCGGCGCUGACCGUGUACGACAUGUGCAAGGCGGUGGACAAGGGGAUGCGCAUCGAGGGCCUGCGGGUGGUGCUCAAGGACGGCGGCAAAAGCGGGCGGUGGGAGAUGGAGUAG